UGUUCUUGUUUUUGCAUUGUUUCGUUUGCUCAAUGCUCCAAUAAAUUCCUUUCUGCAGCUGGUACGAGCUAGCUUGAUCCAUAUUAGCUUGUUCCACUUUCUGCAUUAAAUGUGUCGCACAUGACGUUAGCUAUCGCACAUAAAAGGAGAACUUGGACAUCUUUUUAAACGCUUACCUGCGGCAGUGUCAUCAUGUCUGCCGCUUUAGCUUACACGACAGCGCGUCGUGUUAUUCCGAGGUGCUUCGCGGGUCGGUUUGCAGUUCCCGGGCUGUCACUGCGCUACUGUUCAGUUAUCAACACGCUCCGCGUCAAGCAGGAAAUCGAAGAAAAGCGCAAAGCAGCUUUGCUCGGCGGAGGCGAGAAGCGCAUAGCUAAGCAGCAUGAAAAGGGAAAGUUGUCGGCGAGGGAGCGCUUAUCUAUCUUGCUCGAUCCCGGAACGUUUGUUGAGUAUGACAUGUUCAUGGAGCACACAUGCAGUGAUUUCGGCAUGCACAAGGAAAAGUACUCCGGUGACAGCGUCGUGACUGGGCACGGCGAAAUUCACGGCCGCCAAGUGUUUGUGUUCAGCCAGGACUUUACAGUCUUUGGCGGAAGUCUUUCGAGUGUACACGCCAAGAAGAUAUGCAAGGUUAUGGACCAAGCUAUGCUUGUAGGAGCUCCUGUGAUUGGUCUCAACGACUCGGGGGGAGCAAGAAUCCAGGAAGGCGUGGAAUCUCUGGCUGGCUAUGCCGACAUCUUCCAGCGUAACGUUCUCUCCUCCGGUGUUGUGCCACAGAUCUCCGUGAUUAUGGGACCCUGUGCUGGUGGUGCUGUUUACUCUCCUGCCAUGACAGACUUCAUCUUCAUGGUCAAGGACACUUCCUACCUUUUCAUAACUGGCCCAGAAGUCGUAAAGGCUGUUACAAAUGAAGAUGUCACUCAGGAGGAGCUUGGUGGAGCCAAAACUCACACAGUCACGUCCGGUGUGGCUCACAAGGCAUUUGAAAAUGAUGUGGAAGCCAUGAUGGAGAUGCGUCGUUUCUAUGACUUCAUCCCGAUGAACAACAAGUCUGGGCCCCCUGUGCGGAAGUGUUUUGACCCCUGGGAUAGGAUUGUUCCAAGCCUGGACAGCGUGGUGCCCCUGGAGACGACAGCUGCUUACAAUAUGCUUGAUGUCAUUCUUGAUGUAGUAGAUGACCGUGACUUCUUCGAAGUUAUGCCAACAUAUGCAAAGAAUCUGAUUGUCGGAUUUGCUCGAAUGAACGGCCAGACUGUUGGCAUUGUGGGCAACAAUCCUAAAUCAGCAGCAGGUUGCCUUGACAUCAACUCAUCCAUAAAGGGUGCGAGAUUUGUCCGCUUUUGUGAUGCAUUCAACAUUCCCAUCAUCACCUUUGUGGAUGUUCCUGGGUUCCUGCCAGGGAAAGCUAUGGGCACGUGGCUGCUGCACAUGUGUUACCACACCAAGUGGUCCGGCAGUGUUAGACAGUGCUUUUGGUUGCUUGGAACAGACACUGAAUCGGUGCAGCUUCCACGUGCAACAGUUUUGCGUUUCCCAAGAUGCAAAAGGGAAGAACUGCAAAAUAGAAGCGCUCUCACUCAUGCACGCUUUGCCUCCAUAGCUUUCCCUUUAUAGCCAGAGAAAGUUGUCCGCAAGUAUAAUCAUGUUCAUUUGUGGGGCCAGCUCUUCUGGAUCUCAGACUCCGUUUCUCUCGAUUAUCGGCUUUGUUUGUGUUGAAUAUUGCAGCAAGUAGAUAAGUGUGUAGUGUUUGCCCAGCACUGUUUCAGCUAGCCCCUUAGAUGCUUUUGAGGCACUUCGAGGCUGUAGCUGAUGUGUGCAGGCUAGUCAGCAUCUAAUCGGAGUAUGUGGCCAUAACAUCUAAAGCAGGCUUCGCACCGGCCCGCUUGUAUUUUGUUGCUUAUUUCUGUUCCCCAUCUCUAAAAAAUCCUUGGAAAAAUGCUGCUUAGUCAACUCUUUUCAAGCAUCUAUGAAAUCUUCUGCCAGAGAGUCAAUUUGGAUCUCUUAUGGGGGAUAGUGUUGUAAACUUGAAUGUAAAACAUGCCCUUUCUGUUUCUACGAUGCGUACCGUAUUAGGCAUGAGUGCACUCAAGUUGAGCUCAGCUGUAACUGCAGGUAUUUAUUGGGAAAAAUCAGAUCUCCAUUGUGCAUAGUUUAACCAGUUUCAUUUUCUUUUCUUACACUUAAUAGCAUCUAGGAGUAGCUCUUAGUGGCAGUCAUGACAGGAGGGCCUGCGAACAAUGGAGCUUCUCUUCUUGAACUAUACUAUAGUCACUUUUUAUGAAGUCUGGGGCAGCUCCUUGAGUGAAAACAUCUUUUGGCUGCUCUCCGUCUCUGAACAUUUCCAAAAAUAUACUUUACAACUUGCACAGGUGCAUCCAAAAGGCACCCUUGUGACUCUUCUAGCAGGAAGCAAAACAUGUCACAGUCACAAAUAUGCAGAUAACUAGAAAGGGCUGCACUGAAAAAGCAGUGUAGGAGGAAAAAAUGGCCGCUGCACAAAUGUACACACAGAGAAAGUGGCACCAUAGUAUGGGACAAGGCAGCAAACAUUCAGAUACGCAGCCGUGCGUCAUGACAAUAGGGGUCACAAGGGAGAAACCAACGUUACUAGACUACUUCGUCAGUUUGCAAACUCCGCUGGGAUGCGACGGCAAAUGUGGCCCCCUUUGGUUCCCGCUCGCGAGAUGGCGCUUCUGACACCAUUGGCUCGGUCGCAUCAUCGUUACAGAGCUUGUGCGCUGCGUUAAACGCAAUUUACGCAGUUAUGUGUAAGGGGAGUUAUUUUCGAGGUAGUGAGCAAACGUCGUUUCCAGUUCACUACUAGAGUGUCGUUUGAGCCACUAGAGCAAUGCCACUCGGCAGAGGUGAGACUGAGAGGCCUGAAUCUAGCUCCUGGUAUGCGGGACACCUAUCUAUUCAGCUGUGAGGAUUCAUUGGUUUCCUGUUCUUUUUAAUUCAGUUUUGUGUAAAAUUACAUGUUAGCGGUGAGCCACGUAAAAUAGGUAUCUGAUGCUGCCGAAAAUACUGAAACCUAAAGCUUAGAACCACCCUUUUGUUCCAGGAAUGCUAGGAUACGCGUUUAUUAAACACAAGAUACUGAACUACUUCAGUGAACGCUCACCGUGUUUAAGGCUAUAAAACGCGAAAUAUGACUAGAACAAAAGCCAAAUCCAAAACAAUUUAUUGAAUGAAUGCAAUAAACAUCAAUUGGCAACCACUUUUCAAGAGCCAGAGUUACAAGAGACGCACUUUUUUGUUUGGUAUAGCCACCUUUUCCUUGCUUUCUAACCGAUGGUCACAGUGACAAAUUCUUGUCACAGUGAUUCUUGUCGCAGUGACAAAGUUCAAUAUAUGGCAUGGGAAUAUCUGGCAUUUCCAGCUUGUGCACCACAAUUGUAGUGCCAACAACCUCAUGUGACCAACCCUGCAACUGUUGGCCUGCUGCUGCCAUGCCACACAACUCAUUGAAAAGCUGUAUGUUGUUCUCCAGCACAACAGUGCUGUCAAUGUCACCACUGCUUUCCCUAGAAAUGCAGAAGUUCGACAUCACCGCUUCUUAGUCGUUCUCUUUUUGCCCUUUCUGACGCUUAGGCUCAGGCGGUGGACACACGGUUGGAGCCUUGAGUUUUCGCGCCGGCUUCGACAAGUAUUUAGGGCAAUCGGGAAAAAUUUGCGGCACAGCAUCUUCCUUAAGAGCCCACUUGUCACACGGUAUGACAACUACGUCACCAUGAACUUUGUGAACAAAGUCUUUCACAAUAUCUUCCUCGUGAAAGCGGCGGUCGCAAACAGCGCAUGAGCUGGACAGCUCCUUAUCCAAUCUGCAUGUAGCCCGUGGCGACUGUUGAAGGCGGAACUCAUCAGCGGGUGGCUUAAAAAAAUCUUUUUUCAGCUGUGGAUUUCGUCGAAUCGUAGCCACUUCAGCAACUAGUCACAAAGCAACGAGCCAUGUUUUCUUACAUUGAGGACAUGUCACAGUCAGGCACUAUAUAUAUGCACUUGCGAUAAUCAACAGUGAUCAACCGUAGUUGCAAAUUACAUUGAGAAGCUGUUCUUGCCUUGAUUUGAAGCGAGCAAGUCGAGCUGCAUCGCACGAUCCGCAAGACGCACAGCUCGGGUGCAAGGACGCCUCACGUGGUCGCAAAUGUAACAAGUUGCAGCGGGAGCACACGCCGCACGAGCUGCGUCGAUAGAUCUCACUGGCACUCACAGGGAUAGUGAUCACUACACAACACAGUCGAAGGCAAUGAAGAAACACGCGGCACGGCGCCAAGCCUGCGUUGACUUCGCCAGAGCAGUUGCAAAAAGAACAACACACCCACAACACCCGCCGAAACCACCGUCGCCCUCGCUCAGAGGUACAUGCAAGGGUGACACCCGCGGCGCGGGAGUUUGCAAACUGAAAGAGGUAAUCUAUUAACGUUGGGAGAAACUGCACAGUCAGUUAGCAUCCAGAAUGCUGUAGAAAUGCAUGCACAUGUGCUCAGUAACAUGUGCUAGCAGGUGCUGUGUAAAUGAAUAUUGCAGAGCCAGUGUUAUAAGUUUACAUGCGCCUAAAAACAAACACAUGGCAGGAUAAAGAAAAUCGGCAAGAGUAAUUGGCCUGCAUGCAAAUACAAAUUUUACUUUAAACUUAAUUUGCUGUUUUAGCUCAUAAAUGGUCUAGCUACAUAUCAAUAGCAAUGCCCAACUUCUGGUGGUUUUUAUGAGUUGCCCUAUUACUCACUGUUUAAUAUGUGAUCCCAUAUACUGACGACCUUUAAGUCCAUUAUUUCAAUAGAGAAUGUACUUGAGUUGUGUUCAUUUUUCAUAAAACCCAGGAAGCUGCAUGCACCACAAGUUCGUUAACAGCUUUCUAUUUUAUAAUACUAUACUCUUCUUUGUUCUAAAGAGCAGUGCUAUCAAGGGCCGAAAUUUAUAAUGCAACUUGUUUAGGCUAUGUUCUCAUUCGAACCUGCCAUGCAAACAGCUUUGCUCUUGUCUUUCUU